GGCACGGCCGCUCCGCUCCGUGCCCAGCCGCGUUCCCUGCCCUCGCCAUGCCCAGAGCCUUCCUGGUGAAGCGCCGCAGCCCUCAGCCGGCGGUGCGCAGCUGGGAUGAGCUGCCCGACGAGGAGAGAGCCGACGACCCCGUUGCAGGCGGGAUCGGCUGCGUGCUGCUGGGCUAUGAAGACAGCUGCAGCCUGGAGAGCAGCGGCAGCAGCGGGAUCCGGGACGCCGAGCCCAGAGACCCCCCGACGCCCCAGCCUGCCUGCGGCGAGCCGGGCACGGGCGAGGGGAUGCUGCUGGACCUGGCCGUCAAGCGCCCCAUGGUCAGGUCAAAAAUCAAGUUCACCACUGGCACCUGCAGUGAUACUGCCCUGCAUAGCUGCGAGCUGUGUGGCAAAGGCUUUCGCCUGCAGAGGAUGCUCAACCGUCACAUCAAGUGCCACAGCCAGGUGAAGAGACACUUGUGCACCUUCUGUGGAAAAGGAUUCAAUGACACCUUUGAUCUGAAAAGGCAUGUCCGGACCCAUACUGGCAUCCGUCCUUACAAGUGCGAGGUAUGCAACAAGGCCUUCACGCAGCGCUGCUCGCUGGAGUCGCACCUGAAGAAAAUCCAUGGUGUGCAGCAGCAGUACGCCUAUAAGCAGAGGAGGGACAAGCUGUAUGUGUGCGAGGACUGCGGCUACACAGGCCCCACGCAGGAGGACCUAUACCUGCACAUCAGCGGCGUCCACCCCGGCAGUGCCUUCCUGAAGAAAACCUCUAAAAAACUGGCAGCUGUCCUGCAAACCAAACUGAGCCCUGUCCUGCAGAGGAACUCCAAAGAGGACGGCAAGGACGAGUGACAUGGGCUCACAGCGCUCCGCAGCAAUGAAGUUUACAUGUAGGACUAUAUAUAUUAUUUUUUUAAGAACAAUUUUGAAAGAAACACCUGAAAUUAAAGGGAUGGUUUUGUUAACGGGACUCUCUUGAUGUUGGUAAAACCUCAGCUUGACAGAAAUAUUCCCAUUUGUGAUGGAAACAUCAGACUUUUUUUUUUUUUUUAUCUGGCCAAUAAAAAUGGAAUGCUUGCAAAGGCUGUCACCUCUUGGAUGGAGUAUUUACUGAACUGACAUUUGGGGAACCUGUUUUCUGUUUCAGCUCUACCACGGGUCUGAACACCCGACAAAUCAGUUCGCCUUUCCCCAGUGUAUUUUGUAAAGUUAAUAACUGUUACCUCCCAUGUGAAUUACUUAUGAGAAGUUUGGGUAAAAAGUGUUGGAUCAGAGUGCUACUGGUACAUGGUUCUAUGCAACAUUAAUUAAAGUGCCUUAAGAACAGGAGUGCAUUGUAUCAGCAAAUGAGUUGAAAUGUGCAAAUACCCUUAGCUCUGUUCCCUGUGCAGUCUGCCAACAGUUUAUGAAAGUGUGAUCCAAGGUGAGUUGAAACUCUUCCCAAAAGAUGCAGAAUAUUUUCUUCCCAAAGUUCCUCUACUAGCAAAUUACA